AUGUUCCCCUCGCAGCUGGCGGCGCUGUCUCCCUUCGCGAUCCUCGUCUGUCUCCUCUGCUUUCUCCACCCCGUGCAUGCAGCGAUCAACAUCACCCUCGAGGACAUCGCGGUCCAGAUCACUUACAGCCCUCCCGCGUGCGGUCUGACGCAGUCUACGGCAGGCACCGAGGCCUGCAACUCUUCCUGGCAAGUCAUCGCUGAUGCCAACGCUUCGGACGGGACAAUCACCCAGACCUCGGGUGCAAACAACUCGAGCGGAGGCUUUAUUCCCCAGCUCUUUCUUUCUUUCCGAGCCCUCGAGGUGUCCAUCAAGACGUCACCCAACUCCUCCGCGCUCGUCAACAUCUCCGUCUCGACCUCGAACCCCGUCGAGUCCGUCACCCGCCAGCUGAACAGCUCCGUCCAGCCAAUCGAGGUCGUCUCCCUCGCCGAAGACCGCGUGACCACCCUCGCCCUCACCUACAUCGACUCCGGCACGCCCACCGUGCUCGACAUCGACGCCAUCAUCCUCACCGUCUCCGAUAACAACACCGCUCCCUUCGUCGCGCCCUCGGUACCGGCCACAACCACACUCCCCACCGUCACGCCCUCGAUCGUCGUUCCUUCCUCUUCUUCUUCGUCUUCAUCCCGCCAGAGCGCCGGCGACAUUGCCGCCGAGGUCCUUGGGGUCGUCCUCGGGGCGCUUCUGCUCGGAAUUGUGGUAGCCCUCGCGUUUCUGUUUGUGCGCAGGCGACGGAGACGACGCGCCGACCAGCCGCCCCCUCUGCCAGGGAUCGAGGGUGGACCCUCCAUUCGGACUUGA